CCUUUUGGAAAAAGGACUUUCCUGCAUUGAUCACAAUUUUCAGAAGAGGAGAACUGGACCGUGUGAGCAGUCAGCUCUUAAAUGUACUCCUAAAAGAUCUAAAAAAUGACAUUUCCAGCAAAGAUUAUUUGGCUUAUUUUAUGGACUGUUUGUGUAGCAGAAGAUUGUAAAGAACCUCCUCCAAGAAGAAGUACAGAAAUUCUGACAGAUUCCUGGCCUGAUCAAACAUAUCCAGAUGGCACUCAGGCUAUCUAUAAAUGCCGGCCUGGGUAUAGAACUCUGGGAAAAAUAAUAAUGGUAUGCAAGAAUGGAGAAUGGGUGACUAUUAAUCCAGCAAGAGUGUGUCAGAAAAAGCCCUGUGGACAUCCUGGCGAUAUUCCCUUUGGUUCUUUUCAGCUCACAGUAGGAAAUGAGUUUGAAUAUGGUGCAAAGGUUGUUUAUACAUGUGAUGAAGGGUAUCAAAUGAUAGGUGAGACUGAUUUCCGUGAAUGUGAAGCAGAUGGAUGGUCCAAUGAUAUUCCUGUAUGUGAAGUUGUUAAGUGUUUACCCGUGAGAGACCCAGAGAAUGGAAGAGUUAUCAGUAGUGCAACAGAUCCAGACCAGGAAUAUUCUUAUGGACAAGUGGUACAUUUUGAAUGUAAUUCAGGCUUUAAGAUUGAUGGAUCUAAAGAAAUGCAUUGCUCAGAAAAUGGUUUUUGGAGUGCAGAAAAACCAAAAUGUGUGGAAAUUUCCUGCAAACCACCAGAAGUCAGAAAUGGAUAUUCAUUAUCUAAUAAGAAUAUUUUUAGAGAGAAUGAACGAUUUCAAUAUAAAUGCAACCAAGGGUUUGAAUACAGCGGAAGAGGAGAUGCUGUAUGCACUAAAUUUGGAUGGAGUUCAGAGCCUUCAUGCGAAGAAGUGUCAUGUAAUCCUCCUUAUAUUCCCAAUGGUGUCUACUCACCUGUGAGGAUUAAACACAGAACUGGAGAUGAAAUCAGGUAUGAGUGUAAAAACGGUUUUCAUCCUGCAACUCAUGUAAAUACAGCAACCUGCACAAGUGGUGGCUGGUCACCUCCUCCAAGAUGCACCUUGAAACCUUGUGAUUUUCCACAAAUAAAACAUGGACAACUAUAUAAUGAGGGUAGAUAUAGAUCAUACUUUCCAGUAGCUAUUGGAAAAUAUUUCUACUAUCACUGUGACACCAAUUUUGUGACUCCUUCACGAAAUCAAUGGGAGUACAUUUACUGCACGAAAGAAGGAUGGUCACCAGCAGAACCAUGCCGCAGAGAAUGUAUUUUUCAGUAUUUGGAAAAUGGACAAUAUCCACAUUAUGCAAGAAGGUAUGCAGAGGGUGAAUCUGCACCAGUCAGUUGCCAUUCUGGCUACAGUCUUCCCAAUGGGCAGACCAAAAUUACGUGUACGGAGAAUGGCUGGCUCCCUCCUCCUAAAUGCAUCCGUGUCAAAACAUGUUCAGAAAUAGAAAUUGAGAAUGGGUUUAUUUCUGAAUCUCAGGUUACAUAUCCCUUAAAUAAACAAACGCAAUAUAAGUGUAAACCAGGAUAUGUAACAGCAGAUGGUAAAACAUCAGGAUUAAUUACAUGUCUACAACAUGGAUGGUCAGAGCAACCCACAUGCAUUAAAUCUUGUGAUGAGCCAGCAUUUACAAAUGCCAGAGCCAAAAUGAACAGACCAUGGUUUAAGCUCAAUGAUGUCUUGGAUUAUGAAUGCAUUGAAAGAUAUGAAAACAAAUACAAAGCUACCACAGGCUCCAUAGUAUGUGAAUACCAUGGUUGGUCUGAUACACCCACCUGUUAUGAAAGAGAAUGCAGGCUUCCUACAAUAGAUGCACGCUUAGUUCCUAGUCCCAAGCUAGACAAUUAUAAAAUUGGAGAAGUGUUGAAAUUCUCCUGCAAACCAGGAUUUACAAGAGUUGGACCAGAUUCAGUUCAGUGCUACCACUUUGAAUGGUCACCUAACAUCCCAACAUGUAAAGAGCAAGUACAAUCCUGUGGUCCACCCCCUCAACUCAACAAUGGAGAAGUUAAGGGAACAAAGAAAACAGAAUAUGGACACAGUGAAGUGGUGGAAUAUGACUGCAAUCCUAGAUUUAUGAUGAAGGGGACAAGUAAAAUUCAAUGUGUUGAUGGAGACUGGACGACCUUGCCAAUAUGUGUUGAGGAAGAGAGUACAUGUGGAGAUAUACCUGAACUUGACAAUGGUUAUGUCCAGCCUUCUUCCCCUCCCUAUUACCAUGGAUAUUCAGUGGAAUUCAAUUGCACAGAAACAUUUACAAUGGUUGGACACGGAUCAGUUACAUGUAGGAAUGGAUUGUGGACCCAACUUCCUCAGUGUGUUGCAACAGAUCAACUUAAGAAGUGUAAAAGGCCAAAAUCAAUUAAUAUUGAGGGUAAUAUACUGCAGAAGAAUGAAUUUAAGCAUAAUGAAAGCGUAAGGUACAGAUGUGCAGAACAAUACAGACACAGACACUCAGUCUGCAUAAAUGGAAGAUGGGAUCCUGCCCUGAGAUGCACAAAUGCACAAAUACAAUUAUGCCCACCUCCACCUCAGAUUCCUAACGCUAGGAAUAUGACAACCACAGUGAAUUAUCAAGAUGGAGAAAAAGUAUCUGUUCUCUGCCAAGAAAAUUAUCUAAUUCAGGGAAGAGAAGAAAUUUUAUGCAAAAGUGGAAAAUGGAAACUUGUGCCAAAAUGUGUUGAAAAAAUUCCAUGUUCUCAACCGCCUCACAUAGAGCAUGGAACUAUUUACUCAUCUGCAUCUUCAAAUGAAAUGGAAGAUACAAUUAAACCCAAGGUUUAUGCACAUGGUGAAAAAUUAAGUUAUAUUUGUGAAGAUGGUUUCAGAAUAUCCGAAGACAAUAAAAUAACAUGCAACUUGGGAAAAUGGAGUUCUCCACCUCAAUGUGUAGGACUUCCUUGUGGGCCACCACCUUCAAUUGAUAAUGGUGUUGUAUCUCCUAAGUUAGACAGUUAUCAAUAUGGUGAAGAAUUUACAUACAAAUGUUCUGAAGGUUUUGGAAUUGACGGCCCUGAAUUUACAAAAUGCUUAGGAGGAAAAUGGUCUCAACAGCCCAAAUGCAUAAAUACUGAUUGUUCUGGUAUUCCCAGAUUUGACAACGCUAUACCUAUAGGGCGUGAGAAGGAUUCAUAUAGGUCGGGAGAACAAUUGACUUACAAAUGUGUGUCAGAUUACCAAUUAGAUGGACCCAACAUUGUAACAUGUAUUAAGAGAACAUGGAUGGGAAAUAUAACAUGCAGAGAUAUUUCCUGUGUGAAUCCACCCAUCGUGGAAAAUGCUAAGAUAACAACAAGACAGAGGAGUAGGUAUCCAAAUGGUGAGAGAGUGCAUUACGAAUGUAAUGAACCUUUUGACAUGUUUGGGGAAGUAGAAGUGGUGUGUCUAAAUGGAACCUGGACAGAACCACCUCAAUGCAAAGAUUCGAAAGGAAAAUGUAUGACCCCUCCACCUAUUGAAAAUGGAGACAUUACUUCAUUUCCAUUAGCAUUCUAUGCUCCUUAUUCAUCUGUUGAGUAUCAGUGUCAGAACUUAUAUCAACUUCAGGGUAACAGGCGAAUAACAUGUAGAAAUGGACAGUGGUCAGAACCACCAAAAUGCUUGAGCAUGAAACCUUGUGAUUUUCCACAAAUAAAACAUGGACAACUAUAUAAUGAGGGUAGAUAUAGAUCAUACUUUCCAGUAGCUAUUGGAAAAUAUUUCUACUAUCACUGUGACACCAAUUUUGUGACUCCUUCACGAAAUCAAUGGGAGUACAUUUACUGCACAAAAGAAGGAUGGUCACCAGCAGAACCAUGCCGCAGAGAAUGUAUUUUUCAGUAUUUGGAAAAUGGACAAUAUCCACAUUAUGCAAGAAGGUAUGCAGAGGGUGAAUCUGCACCAGUCAGUUGCCAUUCUGGCUACAGUCUUCCCAAUGGGCAGACCAAAAUUACGUGUACGGAGAAUGGCUGGCUCCCUCCUCCUAAAUGCAUCCGUGUCAAAUUUUGCAAUAUGCCAGUUUUUGAGAAUUCUAGAGCCAAAAGUAAUGGUACACAGUUUAAGGUCAAUGACACAUUGGACUACGAAUGCCAUGAUGGAUAUGAAAGCAAAAGUGGAAACAUCACAGAUUCCAUAAAAUGUGGUGAAAAUGGCUGGUCCCAUUUGCCAACAUGCUAUAAUUCUUUAGAAAAAUGUGGGCCUCCUCCAGCUAUUAGCAAUGGAGACAUCCCGUCCUCCCAAUUAAAAUCAUACCUUCCACAGUCAAGAGUUGAGUACCAAUGCCAGUCCUACUAUGAACUUCGGGGUUCUAAAUAUGUAACAUGUAGUAAUGGAGAGUGGUCAGAGCCACCAAGAUGUAUAGAUCCAUGUAUAGUAACUGAACAAAAUCUGAAUAAAAAUAACAUACAGUUAAAAUGGAAAAAGGACAUGAAACAUUAUGCCAAAACAGAGGAUGUCAUUGAAUUUGCAUGUAAACUGGGAUAUAAGGCACAGACAUCAGUGCAAUCAUUUCGCGCAGUGUGUCGGGAAGGGCUAGUGGAAUACCCCAGAUGUGAAUAAACAAGCAUUGUUACCCUG